AUGGAUGAAGAGGGCCAUUAUGGUGCGAGCUUAAGUAUUCCACGCCAAUUUCCGACUCUGGUUAGUCAUGAGAGUCCCGAAGACCAAAAUGUUCAAUAUGAGACGACAGACACUGAUCUCGCGAGCUUCAAAUCAUAUCAUCAUAUCAUUGAAAUACAUCAAAAAACUAUAGAAAAGGCAUUACGACCGAUGCUGACGCUUGCUGAAAUCUCGGGAUAUAGGAGGACAUUUGGUGAAUACAACUUGGUUGGAAGAAUCGGAAGAGGUCAAUAUGGAGACGUUUUUAUGGCGAGAUCGUCUAACGCAGAGAACGUAGCAGUGAAAUGCAUUUCUAAAAGGCCGAAGAAGUCUCAGCAGUACUCAAUGAAUCAAGUUCUGAAACACAUCCGACGUCAGGAGUCUUUGGGCCGAAAAAUCGACAAUGGUGAUGAGGCUAUUCUAGAAAUGAACAUGCAUAGAAUACGAUGGGAACUGUUCGUCGCUUGUCGUUUGAAACACAGCAACAUACUGAACGUUUUGGAAAUCGUAGACUCACCCUCUAGCCCGCAGAUUUGGAUCGUGCUACCUUGGGCCACACUGGGAGAGUUGAGAUGGAAACGGCACGAUAAAAGAGACUCCAUAGAUCAGUGGGAUAAUCUAAUGAAGCGUAAGACAAAUCCGAUUGAGCUGGCUGAAUACGUUCUCCGUAGUUUGUGCAAAGGCCUGGUAUAUCUAGCACAACAAGGCUGUGUUCACAGGGAUAUCAAACCUUCCAAUAUCCUGGUAGACGGACAGGGUUCCAAAGUAAUGCUUUCAGAUUUUGGCAGCUCGUUGAUUUUACCAGAUAAACUUCCGUUUGGUGACAAACGGAUGAGUGUGGCCUAUCAAGAAGAGGUUCGUAAAAUUGCGGGAACACCCGCUUUCAUAGCUCCAGAGCUGUGCAAUUUCACCGCCAAGGACGUUCUUAUCGAUGGAAAUCAGCUAGAUGUUUGGUCAGUAGGCGUGACGAUUUUCUGUCUGCUGGAAAACCGCCUUCCAUUCAGUGGAGAGAACGAAUUUGAGACCUACCAAAAGAUCGUCAACGAUACAUUGCCACAAUCUAAUAGCUACUUACACGACCUGGUUGUCUCCAAAUUGCUAGCUAAAGAUCCUGCGAAGAGGGUGAAGGUCCAGGAACUAGAUAGACUUUCCAGUGCUCCCAAAAAGGACGAGAGACUGAAGCGAUUCGUAUCCAAAUUCAAAAAGUUGGGAAUGAAAAAGAAGAAAAAACGCAAGGGUGUCGAAGGUCGAGAAACUGGAAAUUGGAUACCCAUAGCUAUUGAUGGUGGUGUUCAACAGAUCGAUUCUGACCUAUCGUCCGCUGGAGAAUCCUUCGAUGAACCCAUUUUGAUUGCCGACUUUGUCAAAAGCGCAAAGUCUACCACGAGAACAUCAGUUGCAGAUACUGGCGAAAUUGGAAUCUCGGAGUCAUCAGACGCUGGUGCUUUUGAAAAGACUCGAGGAAACAGCGGGCUUUCGGUGCGCGCGCAUACCCCAGAGGCCCAGUUGAGUGACAAAAGCAUUUCGCCUAUCAAAAUAGACACACCUCUCAAAAACUUCAUUCGAACGCGGAAUACGCCAGAAAAGACCUCGACGGAUAACCAGAUUAGUGACACUGAUCGAAAUGGCAGCAUUUCAUCGCAUGGAAAUGGGCAUAUCAUGGCCUCUAAAGGCACUUUGAACUUCACAAAAUACCUACAAUCUAACUCCCCUUCAAAGGCUAAGCGCGUGAGGGACAGCACGGGGAACUCGCACCGCGAAACCAAUUCUGCCGAAGAUAUUCGCAGGUAUCUCAGUUACGCUGAAAACUGA